UCUAAUCAAGGGAUUCCGGUUUGAUGAUUCCCCAUGUCCACCCUCGUAAUUCUAAUACUAUACACGCAAUAGCUAUGACCCGGACCGAGUGGACCAUGAAUAAACCGAUCUAUCAAGAAUCAAGAUGCAAUUAAUCACAGCCACGGCCAUGCAUCUAGGUUGUAGCUUCUUAUUCUCAUUACCCAAGAAAGAUGGAUUGAUGAACAGUCAUGGCUGAGCUUGAGCCCUUGAGUCCUUGAGUCCUUGAGCCCAGGCAAAUUCUAACUCUCUCUCUGUUUCUCCAAUACUCCAUAAUGGCAUAAUUGAUAUGACAUGACCGGAUUGGUUCUAUGAUAUUAAAGAGCCUUCCCAACCCCAUGUAGCUGGGACUGAUUCCUACCACUUAUCACCAUUUGUACUCUGUAUUUUUUAUUUCUUUUUCAACGUUCCAUCCAUCUCUCCUGUCUUGUUCCUUGAAUCUAUCUGUCGUCCUACUUUUGUUGCAGAUUUUGCAGCCUGAAGUCACACCAGUCCAUACAAACAUCUACACGACUUUCACAACAUCUUUAUCUCAAUAUUAUUCAUCACUCAUCUUCCCAUUCUCUUACUUACACACGUUCACAUAUACGUAGCAAUACAACCUACCUACGUUUUACCAUACAAACCAAUCCCUUCCCUUAGGUAGCAGGGAAGAGAUUUUAUUCAUCUUUUGAUCUAUUCGACCAAGUUUUUUGAUAUAUUUCUGCCUGUCCUCCCUUCCCUGCUAUAUAUUUACUUUUCCCUAUUCCAAAAAAUAACAAGAUCUUUGCUUUUUAAGUGUCUACAGUACAUACAUAUGCAACGGCUCGGAAUCGGCACCUUGUCAGAUCUAUCAAUCAAAUAUCCUCCGGAUAUGCAGGUGCAAACGCCACUUGCGCAUGGAUUAUCGGGAAUGCCUGCCCGGACUUCGAUGAGUCGGUCUGGACCAUCGUUGGGGAUUUCUGGAAUCUCUUUGGUGCAUGCAAAGAAGGAGGAAGGUGCUGUGGGGAAUAUAAAUACAGACUUUCCAAUGGUUUCAGAGGGAACACAGUCUCAUACUUCCUCUUUCAAUUUAUCUUCGGCUUCAUCUUCAAGAGAUAGUAUACCAUACCCGGACUUCAAAUCUUUAUCGUCAUCGUUAGCCUUCGGAACACAGAACGGAAGCAAUAUGUUGGUUGUGGAGUCUCUCAUCUUCUUUGCUACGGCAUGCAUUCUAUAUAUUCUCAGCUCUCAACGAAAGACUCAUAUACAACGUCCACAUAAUGGAAGUCAUAAGAGAACUUCUCCUUCUACAAACUCACCAUCAAACAUUACAAAGUUCCUCCAUAACCCUCUCACCCAAAUUACCCAUCUACUAUCAUGUAGCUCAUCCAAAUCGUCCACACCGUCUACCUCUCUUCCCACUCCACCCAAAACCCAACCCGGUCCUCAGAAACCAGCCUAUGUUCUCCCACCGCUCAAGCCCACCUCUCCCCAUCCAACCUCAAUGGGUCUCAAACGUCUCGACAAAUCCAAUUGGCUCACCAUCGACUCCACCUAUCUCCCCGAGCAUGAACUCCGCGCUUCACUCCUCGAAACACAUGGACCAUGCGUUUUACAAGUCUUACCCCCAGCCAUCCCAGCCACAUACGAACUCCUCGAAAUGGUCAUUGAGUUUCUCCUCGAUCGAUAUCCAAAUGAUUUCUCCCUCGUGGAUGACAGCACAAUCCUCAACAAGUUAACAGGAGAGCAAUCUAUCAUUGGAUCGAAAUGUAAAAACCCACUCGAGACAGCAGCUCGUCUCUGCAUGGAAGAUUUCAAUCUGUUGUUACAAGAUCCAUCCGAAGAAGACGGAGAAUGGAAACUAAUGGCGUCCGCCACGCUCUUUCCCGCAGGCUGGAAAUUGCAAGAGAGAAUCGGGAGCAGCAUGGCCGUACUACAUAAACCCGUCCCAGGCUGGAAAGAAAAGUUAGGAAAGAGUGUCAAUCGAUACUUCACCCACCUCACUCCCCGCACCUGCAUGGAACGCUCCAACCUCUUCAUCCAAGCCACCCCCAUUCUCUUCCAAGACAUUCCCGAAGCCCCUCCCUCCCCCUCUUCCCCACUCACUCCCUCAGACAUCUACAUCCGUCGCGAACGACAAACCUUUACCCGUCUCCCAAAAUCCAACGCCGUGCUGUUCACCGUACGCACGUACAUGGAGAGACUAGUCGAUCUGAAUAUCGCGGAUGCGGAAGCGAUGGCGAAACAGAUUCGCGGCUGGGAUGGGGAGUUGGCGAGGUAUAAGGGCGUGGGCAUUUGGGGAGAUGUAACGUUAGGGUAUUGUGACAAGAAGGUGGAGGAGAGGGAGAAGGAAGAGGAGAGAUUGCGAGGGUUGAGGAGAGAUUCGGGGAUUAGUAUGGGUUGUGAGGAGGACGUGGAUGAGUUGUAAUGGAUGACUAUACGUUUGGAGUUCUCAUAUUGGGGUUUCACUUCGUCUUUUCAGUCUGUCUAUCUGGAUAGAUAGAUGGAUGGAUGGAUGCGGGAGGCACUUCGUUCACCGAGAUCAAAAAAGCAAUCAAAAUCACAAUCGGUAUAAAAGAAACAAAAAACAAAAGAACGAAGCAAAGAAGUAACGAACACACACGAAAACUUGGCACCAGGAGGAAAAAUCUGCUUUGUUUACAAAAUUUUACAAAAAUGUCUGCGAGAGGAUAGGAUGGAAUGGAAAGGGAAGGAAUUAAUCUUACAGGAAAAAGAACAGAACUGUUUUAUUUUACUUCAUUUUCUUUUAUUACAUUUUUUUUAUGGAUGGGGGUUUUUUUGGCAUUGCAAUGCAUGGUUUUGCAUGCGUGGAUUUUAAUAUAUGGGUACCUAGUUAAAGAAAAGGGAGUUAAAGAAAAGGGGAAGGGGAGAGUAGAUAGAGGAAUGAGUUGAUGGGGAUGGAGAUGGAGAUGAAAUAAUAUGUCUGAUCUGUACAAUGAGAUGAGAUGGCUUUUUACCUAUUACCUACCUACCUACCUAUUAUCUGAAUAUAUAAAUCCGGGUAUUUGGAGUGAA